AUGUCUAAAUGGAGGAAGGCCGAUGAUAAAGAAUUAAUUGCGAAACAAGACCAGUUUCAGGCGGUGGAGGAGGCCUUCAACGAGUCCUUCGCUAAGCUUAGAGCUGAGCAUAAAAUUGUUGUGGGGAAUGAGGAUGAUGCGGCUGACUUAUGCAAUUUGGAGGAAUGCCUACUGAGACUACAGAGCCGGAUAGAUGUUCCCUAUGACAGUUUAGUCCCUGAGCAUCAGAGUGUUCUGUGGACCCCGGACCAAAUCGCCGCCCGAGUCUCCGAGCUCGCCGCCCAGAUCUCCGCCGACCACUCCCCUCUCUCCGAGCCCCUCGUCCUCGUCGGCGUCGCCACCGGUGCUUUUCUCUUCCUCGCCGACUUGGCCAGGAGCCUCCGCCUCCCCGUCACCGUCGAUUUUAUCCGCGCCGAAUCCUACGGCUCCGGGACCGUCUCCAAUGGGUCCCCCAGGAUUUCCUCCGACUUGAAGCUCGACGUAUCCGGCCGCCACGUGGUCCUGGUUGAGGACAUCGUGGAUUCGGGAAGCACAAUUGCCUGCUUGAUUGCACACUUGGAAGCGAAAGGUGCUUCCUCUGUGUCAGUCUGCGCUUUCCUUGAUAAACCAUCUAGACGAAAGGUUCAUUUUCAGCUCCUUAGCAAGGGAAAAUUCUACCGAGGUUUCGAGUGUCCAGAUUACUUUGUUGUGGGCUAUGGAAUGGACUUUGCUGAACUUUACAGGAACUUGCCUUAUGUUGGUGUUUUGAAGCCUGAGCAUUAUAAAUGA